AUGCCUAAUGCCACAGUGAAUAAUCAUGAUGAUAACCGACAUAGUAAUGAGCCUAUGAAUAAUCAUGAGGAUCAUAACAACAACACUGAGCCAGAGAACAACCAAGAGGAUCAGUGUGGCAGCAGUGUUAACCAAGUGCAGCGUACAAGGAGAGCAAUAGUAAAUCACAACUGUGCCAGAGAUUUCAAUGAGGGAUGGGGUGUCCCAUUUUGUCGGUUACCUGCACUAAGAACAUGUCCAUACUGCAAUGCACGGUUAUUUCAUCGAGAAACCUUCAAUUUGUGUUGUCUAAAAGGAAAUAUUGUUCUACCUGUAAUACCCUCUCCACCAGAGAUGAUCCAGCUCUUUUUUGACCAAACAGAUGUCGGCAGAAAGUUCAGACAAAAUAUCCGAGCCUACAAUAAUGUGUUUGCAUUCACUUCAAUGGGUGUGCAUGUUGAUGAAUCCAUUAAUGUUCAAGGCUGUGGAAUUUAUACUUUUCGUGCUCAAGUUUUAGACAGGGGACUGGUUGAAAAGAUACAACAGAUAUUGAAUCACUAUAAUCCAUUUGUCCACCACUUUCGAAGUCUAGGACAACGCGAAGACUUGCUCAACUGCAGGCUCAUCAUAAGAGAGCAACCUUCUAAUCAACGUCAGUAUAGUUUACCAUCUGCAUCACAAGUUGCUGCUAUUAUAUAUCCAUUAUUAUUACCUUAUGGAAUAUAUGGGUGGGAUAUUAAUAGUCAUGACGAGAAUGGAAGACCUAUGUCAUGUUGUGACUAUUAUGCAUAUAUGUUACAGAUGCGCCCAAGUGAUGAAAAUCCUCUACUUCGGGGUGGACGCCUCUUACAACAGUAUGUUGUAGAUAAUUACAUGAAAAUUGAAUCACAAAAACUCAGAUGGCUUCGAAAUAAUCAAGAUACAAUUCGUAAAGAAUUUUAUCAAGGACUUCAAGACUCUUUAAAUGCAGGGGAAAACAAUGCCGGUAAUGUCGGUCUUAGGACCAUUCUGCCAUCAUCAUUUGUUCGAAGCCCACGUGAUAUGUACCAACGGUACCAAGAUGCAAUGGCUUUGGUUCAAAAAUAUGGUAGACCAGAUUUGUUUAUCACUAUGACGUGUAACCCGAAUUGGGAAGAAAUUAAAAGUGAGCUACUCCCUGGCCAGACAUCACAAGAUCGUCCAGAUUUAGAGGUCAGGGUAUAUCAUUCCAAACUUGAGCAACUGAAAGAAGACAUCAUCAACAAAGGGGUACUGGGAAGAGUUAUUGCUCAUGCUUUCGUUGUUGAAUUCCAGAAAAGGGGACUACCACAUGUACACAUGUUGGUCAUGUUAGAUGAAAAUGAUAAGCUAAAUAAUCCUGAAGAUUAUGACCGCAUUCUUAGAGCCGAAAUACCAGAUAAAGAUGAAGAGACUCAACUUUAUGAUCUGGUGUUGAAACAUAUGAUUCAUGGUCCAUGUGGAACUUUGAACCAACAGUCUUCAUGUAUGAAAAAUGGGAGAUGCAAUAAAAAGUUAUCCAAAAGCAUUUGCAAAUUUCACUGUGCAAGGAAAUGA